AUGGAUACUCGAAAAAAAUAUGAUGACGAAAAUAUUCGUCAGAUUUUGGACGAAUCAAACAGUGAUUUUUAUAACUCAUCUGAUACAGACUCAUUUGAAGAAUCGAUCGGUUCAGCUGAUGAUCCUACUUAUAAUUUGAACAAUGACGUUUCUUCAAAUGAAGAAUUUAACUCACCGAGUAGUGAGGAUAGUGACGGGCAACAAAAUAAUGCUAGUAUAGAUAACUUAUCCAUCGAUUUCGAAGAUAUAAGCAGUGAUUGGGAAGACGACUUCAAUGAUAUUGAAGAUUUCAAUUUUGAUGAAUUUGGUGCUGGUGUGCAAUUAGAUAUAACCGAUGAAGUUACUUCGUAUGACGUUUUCAUUAAGAUCUGGGACGAUGAGGUAAUGCAACUUAUUUUGAAUUCGUCUAAUAAAUAUGGAGAAAAACUGAAAAAAUUAAAACGCCCCCACACAAAAAAUUGUCAUAUACAACAUUUCAAAGAGAUUUCAUUGAUCGAAUUACAAAAAUUUUUUGGAUUGUGUUUAUUGAGAGCGGAACUUGGUAUAUCUGUACUUAGGCAAUGUUUCGGAAAAGAUCCAUUAAAUUAUCAUCCUAUAUUGUCCUUCACAAUGAGCGGGAGAAGGUUUGAACAAAUCUUAGAGGCUCUAAAUUGUUCUGAAGGUGUUCCAGUUGAAGUAAAUGAUAGACUCGUCAAAAUAUCUCCACUUUUUAAUAUGAUCAUAAAAAAAUUACAAUCAUCCUACUCCCCAUCAAAAAAUUUGUCACUUGACGAAUCUAUGAUGCUCUGGAGAGGCCGUUUAAUAUUUCGUCAGUACAUUAAAAACAAAAGACAUAAAUACGGAAUAAAAUUUUAUGAGCUUUGCACUCCUGAUGGAAAAUAA